AUAUUAUGGAGGUUGGGCUGCCACCAACAUCUACUUUCUAGGUUAUGCAGGUGUUGUGAAGUUUGGUAAUCAGCGUAUUGGAGGCCUUUCUGGAAUUUACAAGGGGAGAGAUUUCCGUUUAGCAAAUGAAGUAGAAGCAGAAGGUGGACCUUUUGAAGUUUUAUACGAUGAAGAGUGGUUAGCAAUAACACGGAAGUUCAAUUCUAUAUUCCCGCUAACACAGACACCAGCGAGUUUCAGCUCUGUGACAAUGAAUAUACAAGAGAGCCAUGAGUGA